AUGGCUCGUUACUUGGUUCUCUUUCUACUACUCUCAGCUGCAUGGGAAAGCGUCAAUGCCCAGCAGGCGCCUUCAUGCAGGUACGUGGCCCAGAUGAUAAGCCCGUGCAUGGCGUAUUUAGAGGGCCAGGACAUGGUCCCUUACGGGCCUUGCUGCGGUGGGAUGGCUGCCUUGAACCGCACAGCACUAACCGGGCCGGAUCGGGCCACAGUAUGCGGGUGCCUUAAAGGCAUUGCCCCUCGCCUACCACUCAUCAAUCUCACACGUGCCGCAGACCUCCCACGUGCCUGUGGUGUCAGCCUCAACGUUAUCAUAUCCCCCUCUGAGGACUGUAACAGAAAAUCAUCUGGUUAUCUCUCUGUUUAUAGUAAAAACACAAUCAAAUCUCAGCUGCUACAGUAG